CGUGCACUCCAAAUAUACGAUCACAUUCACUAAAAAUUAUUUCAAAAUUCUAUAUAUUUUCAGUUCCCGAAGAAAAUAACGUAUAAAUAUGGCUGCUACGGAUACUUUAAUACUGGGUAGCAUCAACUAUUAUUGCCAAGCCAAAUUCUAUCGACAUUUACAAAAUGUAUGCCUUGAAGGAUUACAAAAGCAUGGUGGGGACCCUGUUUUAAUGUUUUGGAAAGCAUUUGGAAUUUUAAUGGAAGACCGUGUUUCCGAGGCAAUUCGUGAAUUUGAAUCUAUCCAAGAGCGACAAGAAGUAGUCUUGUGUUGUUUGAUGGCGUUGAUAUACGCUCACAAAAAAGCGAAGAUGAUAGAUAAGGAGAGUGUUCAGGAACUUGAAGCAAAAUUAAAACAAACUCGUACCAGUUGUGGUGAAAAUGCUCUCUAUUUUGCUGGAAUGUUUUUAUGGCACACUGGACGUCAUGAUAAAGCCAGAGAAUAUGUGGAUAGGAUGUUGAAAAUGUCGAACGGUUCCAAAGAGGGAGCGAUCCUUCGUGGUUGGAUAGAUCUUACAAGUGGAAAAGACUCUGCUCUCAAAAAAUCCGUCAAAUUUUUUGAUGAGGCUUUACAAGGACCAGAAACUUCACAGAAUAUUGAUGCCCUUUUGGGAAAGGCGGCUUACCUUGUGAGGAAAAACAAUUUCACAUCUGCCUUAGAGUUUAUCAAUAAGGUGGUUGUAUCGUACCCUGAGUUUGAACCUGCACUGGUGGAAAAAAUGAAAAUUCAACUUGCUUUACAAGAUUGGGAACAGACAAUGGACGUUGCUCAAAGGUGUUUAAAACUGAAUCGAUAUUCUCUUGACGUUCACAAGAUGAAGAUAAUAUCUCAUUUAUGUCGCGACGGAAAAUAUGAUGAGGCAGCUGAAGGAAUUGGAGAAUUAAUUCAGUUUUAUGAUAGAUAUGAACCUAAGAGUCAUUACUUAUAUUACGAAGCUGGAAAGCUGUUUAGUCGCGUGUGUGGACGUAAUCCUUUAGUUCUUCAGCAAACAUUUGAACUGAUUGUUAGAGCACAAACUCUUAGUGAGUCAACUGCUGAGUAUGCUGUGGAACUUGGUAAUCAACUAAUAAUGCAAAAGAAAGUUCGUGAUGCUAUGAAAACGUAUCGAACCGCCAUGAAACUGGAUGAAACAAGUGUCCCAGCCCUGACCGGUAUUAUAAAUUGUCAACUUCUGGAGAAUAUGGUUGAUGAUGCUGAACAGCAAUUGGAGUUUUUGAGUGAAAUUCAACAGUCAAUUGGAAAGUCAGCGGAGUUGUCGUACCUGGAAGCUGUCUUAGCCCGAAAGAAAGAGAGGAGAUUUGAAAAAGUCGUUGCUUUACUAAAUGAAUGCACUGACAGUCAUUUUAAAGAGUUGCAGGGAAUUCCUCUGGGGUUCGAGUACUUUUUGAAGUUGAAUCCUGAAUUCUUAUUGCAAGUCAUUGAGGAAUAUCUCAUAUUCGCUCCAAACGAGCCUCAAAGUAGUGGUCAACCAGUGUCUCCAAUUUUGAAACGUUGUGCUGCAGUGCUGGAUCCGCUAACAAAAGCCACGCCUGGUGUUCUACAAGGACUUUAUCUGAUGGCAAAAGUACGAUAUUUAUCAGGUGAUAUUGAGACGGCUAAAACAAUGCUGAAUCACUGUCUUGAAAAACACGACAGAUUCUCUGAGGGACAUCUAUUGAUGGCUCAGAUUCAUCUUAAAGAUGGAAAUUACAGAAUGGCAGAUCAAUCUCUGGAAGUUGGAUUGAGUUAUAACUUUCAGGUCCGAGAUUCCCCUCAGUAUCAUUUGAUCAAAGCUUGCGUUCAUAAGAGUCUUGGAAACCACGAAGAAUGUAUCAAGACGCUAAAUACAGCAAUGGCCUUGCCUGGUGUUAAGAAAGCAAUUCCAGCUGGCCAAAGUGGAAAAAGCGGCAGCGGUCUCACUCAAAGUGACCGCGUGUCAGUAUAUCUGGAACUAGCGUCUGCACAUUCACAAUUAAAUCACGCACACGAGGCUGCUAAGAUAAUGCAGGACGCUAUGAAUGAAUUUUCUGGAACUGCAGAAGAAGUGAGAAUAAGCAUUGCAAAUGCUGAUUUAUUCCUGAAACGAGGUGAUCAUAAGGAAGCCUUGACAAUACUCAGAUCCGUUACUCCGGAACAAAGCUACUAUAUUCAAGCUAGAGAGAAAAUGGCAGAUAUAUAUCUUAACCAUCGAAAAGAUAAAAGACUUUAUGCAAGCUGCUAUAGAGAGUUGCAUGAAAAAAAUCCAAGUCCACAAACAAGCCUGUUGUUGGGAGAUGCAUACAUGAGCAUCCAAGAGCCUGAACAAGCCAUUGAAGUUUACGAAGCUGCAUUAAAGCGAAAUCCUCGGGAUAGUACAUUAGCAAGCAAGAUUGGCCAGGCAUUAAUAAAAACACACAAUUAUAAUAAGGCUAUAAACUAUUACGAAGCAGCAUUGAAGUCAGGAACUCAAGGAUUCCUUAGAUAUGAUCUUGCUGAACUCUACAUGAAAUUGAGGAACUACGAAAAAGCAGAGAAAAUAAUCGGCACUGCUUUGGAACAGCAAAAAGGAAAAGAUAUUGCUUCAUUAAUGGAGAAAAGUAGACUUUUUGUUUUGCUUGCCAAAGUACACCAAAAGGCGAAUAAUACAGAAGAAUAUUCCAAAAUACUAUUCAGCGCAAGAGAUGUGCAAAGAAGCGUUUUAAAGAGAGUUGGACUUGAGCAACCUGACCAAGUAUCAGUGCAGAAAGUACAGGCGGCAAAGAUCUGUUGUGAUCUAGCAGAGGUAGCGACAAACAAACGCGAAUAUGAGCAAGCCAUCAGAUCUUAUAAGGAAGCUUUAUCGCACGAAAGCUCACAUGUAAAGGCAAUGUUGGCUCUAGCAAAGCUACAUUUGUUAGUGGAUGACUUGGAUGCUUGUCAGCAGCAGUGCUCGCAAUUGUUGGAAAUGGAUAAAGACAACGACUCCGCAUUUAUGAUGAUGGCCGAGUUAAUGUUUCGAAAGAAUGAUUAUGAUUCAGCCAUGUUUAACUUUCAACAACUAUUAGAACGAAAGCCAGACCAAUACGAAGCUUUAGGACGACUUCUUGAUCUGUUACGACGAGCAGGAAAGCUUGAAGAAUGUGACAAAUUUAUACAACAAGCAGAGUCAUCUCCUCAUACGGGCAGGGAUGCCGGAUUGAAUUAUUGCAAGGGAAUGAAUGAAUGGUAUAAAAAUAAUCCAACUCAAGCAUUGAAAUUUUUCAACUUGGCCAGAAAGGACGCAGAAUGGGGUGAGAAAGCUACCUUUAAUAUGAUUGAAAUUUGUCUCAACCCGGAUAACGAAACACUUGGUGGAGAAACAUUUGAUGGAAUGGAUACUGACCAAGGAAACCAAGCAGAAAAAACGGACUCUCGUCUUGCAGCGGUUAAAACUGCUGAAAAACUGUUGAAGGAAUUAAAGCCAAAAACAAACGGAUUGAAACAUCGUAUUCUUGAGAAUUAUGCAUUAAUGGCGAGUAAAAAUAAAUCAAACAUAGAGAAAUCUCUGUCGCAGUUCAUGACAAUAGCCACUGAUGAGCGUGACCACCUUCCUUCACUGCUGGGCAUGGCCACGGCUUAUAUGUAUCUCAAACAAACACCACGAGCUCGAAAUCAACUUAAACGUAUUUCUAAAAUGAAUUGGACAGUGGAGGAGGCAGAUGAGUUUGAAAGAAGUUGGUUACUUUUGGCUGAUAUUUAUAUUCAGAAUGGAAAGUACGAUAUGGCCAGUGAACUGUUAAGGAAAUGCUUGGAUCAUAAUAAGUCAUGUUGUAAAGCCUGGGAAUAUUUGGGAUUUAUCAUGGAGAAAGAGCAAGCAUAUCAAGAUGCUGCAAAAAAUUAUGAAAACGCUUGGAAAUUUGGGAAUCAAAAUAAUCCUGGAAUUGGUUACAAAUUAGCGUUUAAUUAUUUGAAAGCGAAACGUUUUGUGGAUGCGAUCGAUGUUUGCCAUAAAGUUUUAUCUCAACAUCCCAAAUACCCAAGAAUAAGGAAAGAAAUUCUCGACAAGGCGAGAUCAUCUAUUCGGAUUUAAAGAGUCCUCAAUGCUUGACUAUGAUUCUAUGUAUAUUUAAAGUUUCAAGUAAUUUAGGUGUAUCAGUUUGUAAAUAUCACACAACGUUCUAAAACAAAAACUAUCUGAACUAAUGAAUAGUGAGUGGUCUUUUCGGGACAACUUAUGCUUGGAGAUCGAAAACCAGGUUCAGAAAACUUUAAAUCGUUAAUUUUUAAUUCUGUAAUUUUGCAGUUUGUGAGCUCCAGGGCCGUGCACAAUGUGUAAGACAAAAACAUUGUAUAUUUAAAAAUAUUAUUUUAAAUGUAACAAAAUGUACUUGCUUUUAUGAAGUGUACAUAUACCAUAAUAUAAUAUU